GGGGCCCCGAGCGGGUGGAGUCGGGAGCCGGAGAGCGGUGGAGUCGGAUUUCUUGGGCCCGGCUCUCUGGGGCUACCAUGGCGUUUGGGAGGAGUCACCGGGAUCCCUAUGCGACCUCCGUGGGCCACCUCAUAGAAAAGGCUACAUUUGCUGGAGUUCAGACUGAAGAUUGGGGUCAGUUCAUGCACAUCUGUGAUAUAAUUAACACUGCCCACGAUGGGCCAAAAGAUGCAGUAAAAGCUUUGAAGAAAAGGAUUUCCAAAAACUACAAUCAUAAAGAAAUCCAACUUACCUUGUCACUUAUUGACAUGUGCGUGCAGAACUGUGGUCCGAGUUUCCAAUCUCUGAUUGUGAAGAAGGAAUUCAUUAAAGAUAGUCUAGUUAAGCUGCUAAAUCCCAGAUACACCUUGCCGUUACACAUUCAGAAUAGAAUCUUGAAUUUCAUUAAGACUUGGUCACAGGGUUUCCCAGGAGGCGUGGACGUAAGUGAAGUGAAAGAAGUGUACCUUGACCUGCUUAAGAAAGGUGUUCGGUUUCCUCCCACAGAGAUAGAGGCUGAAACAGCAGGACUAGAGGUAGGAGGCCUUUCUUUGACCUUGUAGAGUAAGAUCUCAUCGGAUCCACCAGCAUCUGUUCCUACUGCACCAGCUCUUCCUUCUGUAAUUGCUCCCAAGAACUCGACUAUCACAUUGGUCCCAGAACAGAUUGGAAAAUUGCACAGUGAGUUGGAUAUGGUGAAAAUGAAUGUGAGAGUGAUGUCCGCCAUAUUGAUGGAGAAUGUUCCUGGAUCGGAAAAUCGUGAAGACAUAGAGCUUCUGCAGAAACUUUAUAAGACUGGUCGGGAGAUGCAGGAGAGGAUCAUGGACCUGCUGGUGGUGGUGGAGAAUGAAGACGUAACAGUUGAGCUAAUUCAAGUCAAUGAGGAUUUGAAUAAUGCCAUCCUUGGAUGUGAGAGGUUUACUCGAAACCAACAAAGGAUUUUGGAGCAAAAUAAGAACCAGAUGGAAGACGCCAAUACUACCAGUGAACCUUCUGCCCCAUCCUGUGAUCUCCUUGACCUGAGUCCCAGCCUUCCGAUGUCAGGGGGGCCUCUGGGAGAAUUCAGCUCCCUGAAUGCUCAGCUUUCAGACUUAAGUUUCACUUCUCCAAGUCCUGCUGUAACAAACAAAGUGAAACCCAGUCUUCAUCCACAGAUGGAUUUGCUAGACUUGGAAAAUACAGAAACAUCCCUGUUUGCUCAAAGGACCAGCCAAAACCUCUCCUCAAGUCAUGAAUAUGAGAAUCUUCCAGAACAUUCAAAUUCAGUAUUACUACAGCCGGUUAGCCUACAGACCAUUCCAGCAACGCCAUCAAACCAGACACUGCCAUCCUUGCCCAGCAAUCACCCAGCAGUGACAGAGAAUGAUCUCCAGCCACACAAUUACUACGAGGUAAUGGAGUUUGAUCCCUUAGCUCCUGCUGUCGCUACAGAAGCUAUUUAUGAAGAAAUUGAUGUUCAUCACCAAAAAUAAGCUCAAAGUCAUAGUGAUUGUUGA